CAUUUAUUUUUGUACUAUGUUUGCGUUUUGUCCACGAUUCUCGAAAUUUAUGGAAUUGACAGUGGAAUAACGCUACGAUUUAAUGUUUUAUUAUUAUUUGCAAAUCCCUUUUAAGUGAAUAAUAUAUUUGCAGGCAAAUACAAAGCAAUAACAAUGAAAAGAAGCAGUGAUGCAAUGAAUUCCUCUAUAGAAAUUAGUUCAUACCGAGAUCAGCAUUUUAAGGGAUCAAGAACAGAACAAGAGAAAUUAUUAAGGGCAUCAUCUACACUGUACAUAGGAAACUUAUCGUUCUACACAACUGAGGAGCAGAUAUAUGAAUUAUUCUCACGUUGCGGUGAUAUACGAAGAGUCAUAAUGGGAUUGGAUAAAUAUAAAAAAACUCCAUGUGGAUUUUGUUUUCUAGAAUAUUAUACGAGGCCAGAUGCAGAAGACUGCAUGAGAUAUAUAAAUGGCACAAGACUGGAUGAUAGAAUUAUAAGAUGUGAUUGGGAUGCUGGGUUUAUUGAAGGCAGACAAUAUGGAAGAGGGAAGACUGGUGGACAGGUUCGUGAUGAAUACCGUACCGACUAUGAUGGCGGUCGUGGCGGUUAUGGGAAAAUAAUUGCACAGAAAAUUGUACCAAAUACAUAAAAAUAUCAUUAAUAACUUGCAUUAUUAUUUUAAAAGCUUUGUGCGAAAAUUCUGUAGGUAUUUAAUUUGACUUGAGCCUAUGAAUAUUGAGUUCAUAAUGAAAAUAAGUAAAAUGUUUGUCAACUUGACUAGCAUUGUGUUCAUUAUUUAUGUUUAAGAAUAUGUUACAAAAACAAAGUUUUGAAACAACACAAUGUUAUGUGCAUUUAAAUAUUUUAGUAACUUAAUAUCUGAACAAAUGAAAAUAAAAAGGUGUUUUUCAUA